AUGCAUGGAGAGAGUUACGAUCAUGUCACUCCUACUACAGACCCUGGUCGGAUUUUUACUGUAUUUUUUGGUUUGAUUGGUAUUCCUCUCAUGUUUAUUACAGCAGCCGACAUAGGAAAGUUCUUGUCAGAGAUAGUAAUUAGGACCUACGCCAAACUGCUGCAAUUCUGGCACUUCGUGUCCACUAUUGUGGAACUGCUCCAGACAAAUUUGUGUGACGGUGACGUCGACUCAAUGGACUCGCUGGUUACCAAAACAGCCACUGAUAUGAGGGAAUUUUCUGUUGUUGAUGCUACUCCUGAGCGGGAUGUAUGGGAAAAGGUUGGCUUGCUCACGAAAUCUGUGGAUUCUCAUCAGGCCACGGUAUGA